CAAAGAUCAAGUUGCACUCGCCAUCGAAUUGAUGAUGCGAGUCCGUCUCUCGAAAUGAAUCUUUCGAGUAUUCCCUCUGUCCUAAACUCUAGAGCACCGAGCUCUCUAUGCUAGUUAGGAAUGGCACGGUGCCAUUGUCGAGGAUACGGGAUGCAAUUUUCUCGUACACACAACAUUAAUAUCUCACUGGGGGGAAAACUAAAGGCAUAAGUCGAAUGUUUGCCUUAUUCCCCAUUACAAGUCGUGUUUUCUCUGCAAUAUAUCUCUUCGCCAGACCAGAUCCAACAGAAUCACCACGAUGAAGAUCCUCAAGUUCGUCCUCACAGCUACCUGGGGACUCGCCGCCGCCGCCGCCUCCUCUCUGGGAGGGCGGGCCACCAGCCCCGGCGCGGACAAGUACUUCAGCCCGUUCCUCGGGGGCGCCGUCAUCGACGUCCAGCAGGAGCCGCCGAUAGUGCCGACGCUGCCGUCGCCGGGUGGAGUAGGAGUAACACUAGGAAAGCCCAUAGAGCCGCAGCGACCCGCCAUACGCACUGCCUCGGCCCGGUGGAACGUCCCGUGGAUGCAGGUCCCGCGCGACGUCGACCUGGGCGACCCGAAGAACCGCCACGUGUUGGCACAGUGGGUUGGAAUCUUGGGGAACGCCUGUGCCAACGCGAGCUGGUACCCCUUCUUGCAAGCCGGUACGGCGACCGGAAUGGGCGAACAUGGCAACGCGACGGCGUAUGCUUGGGUCGAGUGGUUCCCCGCAGGAAUGCACCCCAUCCCGCCGGAGAACAUGACGGUGGUCCCCGGCGACCAAAUCCGCGUCGCGGUCGACGUAUACACCCGAGUGACGGGCCACGUCUCCAUGCAGAACCUCCGCACUGGCCAGACCUACGACAUCGCCAUGACCGCAGACUCGCCGUCGGAGCCGAGCUUCCAGAUCUGCCUCGGCCACGGCACCGCCCUAUUCUUCCAGGAGUGGGCCCUCUUCGGCGACGACCACCGCUACCACCACGGCCCCCCCGUCUUCGAGAACGUUACCUUCGCCGACAUCUCCGCCGUCGACCACCGCGGCCACUGCUUCGACCUCGGCGCGGACGCCCGGGACUACUGGAACAUGACGGUCACCGCCGACGACGGCACCGCCGAAGACGAGGGGGUCGCCGUGCCUCACCAGAUCGACACGAAGACCUUUGUUAUUUACUCGCCCACGGGGAAAUCGUGGGUUCCUCGGCAGCGAUACGGUCCCCUGCCGCCGGCAGCGGGACGUGGCAAUAGUAACAAUUCCAGUCUGGGCAACUGAAUGGCCUGGGAUUUCCGUCUUCUCCCUCUUGCCCAACCACGACCCCCCCCAUCCUUGAUUCACCGGCGCGUGUAAGGGCUUCCAUUAUAAUAUUGUAACUUCUCCUUUGAAUUUUUCAUUCCCCAUACACGCUGCUUUCUAGCCUAGGUUGGCAUGCUGUACUCAUGACGUACGUUGAUGAGGAUGGACUCAACCCCUUUCUUCGGCUGUAGAUUCGGCGGUCGGCUGUUGUUGAGGCC